AUGGAAGUUAAGCAAAAAUAUUCAAACAAACGAAAAAAAUUGCUUUUAUUGGGAGUAAUUGCUGUCGCUUUGGUGGCUGUGGGUUGUUUUUUAGGGGAAUUAUCCAACAAAGCUAAUCAGGAUGAGAAGCAAAAAAUACAAGAAGAAAUAGACCAGUUAAACCAAGAAUUAACUAAUUUAAAGAACAACAAUUCAAACAAUCCUCCUUCGAACAAUCCGCCCACUAAUCCCAAUAACAAUAAAACUCACCACCAAAUUACUGCUCGAUACCUUAGCCAAGUUUCUGAUAAGCAUGAAUAUGUUGAUAACAAUAACUAUAAAUUUAGAGUUUUAAUUGAUAAAAACAACAAAAUCUUCUCUUCGGCGGACAAUGAUAAAUUUACCUUAACUCCGGUAAAUAAAACUCCUAAUAAUAAUCCUAAUCAAAUAGACAUUGAAGAAGAGGAUAAUGCAAAUGGUCCGAAUCAAGGACCAACUAAUCCGCAACCACAAGGCCCUGGUCCGCAAACUCCUCUGCAGUCGCCUCACCCUCAACCGAAAAAACAGUCAGUUAAUAUAAAACUAGGAAAUCCUGCUCUUCGCGGUCCACCCUAUGCUAAUGGUAAACUCCAUAUUGGACACUUUUUAAAUUUCCUCAUCAAGGACAUUAUUGUCCGAUUUCAGGCUUCACAAGGUAAUUAUACUCCUCUCUUGCUUGGCUGGGACGCUCAUGGUUUACCGACCGAACAUAAAAUGCUCCAAGUUUACCAAGACAAAAAAGUAGAUUUGCGACCAGUUUGCCACCAAUUUGCUCUCGAACAAGCCCAAAUACAAAAAGAACAAUUAAAAGAAUUAGGAUUAUUUACUGAUUAUGAAAAGUAUUAUAUAACUUUGAAUAAAAAUUAUGAGGCCGAACAAUUAAGAAUUUUUGGGGAAAUGGUAAAGAAAAAUUUAAUUUAUCAGGGUUAUCGUCCUAUUCAUUGGUCCUGCGGACACGAAACGGCUCUGGCAGAAGCCGAAAUUGAAUAUUACGAAAAAAAAGAUACUUCGCUUUAUUUUAAAAUUAAGUUAGUGGAUAACUUUUUUGCCAAUCAAUUAGCGGCAAUUAAAAAAACGGCUUCUUAUGCCUUAGUUAGAGAAAAAUUAUUAGGAUUAAAUUAUUUUCACCCCUAUUGUAAAGAUAAAAAAGGAUAUAUUGUUGAUGGUAGUGAUUUUAUUGAGGAGAAAGAAGGAACAGGUAUCGUUCAUUUAGCACCUGCUUUUGGAAUGGAAGAUUUUUCAACCGCAAAAAAGGAGAAAUUAAUAAUUGAAUGUCCCCUAGAACCUAAUGGCUAUUUUAAUGAAAAAAUUGGAAUUCCAGAGAUAAUUAAUAAACAUUAUUCAGAAGUUAAUAUUUACAUCAUUAAUGGAGUUCCUAUUCCAGUUUUAUAUAAAAAUAACGAACCGAUACUUAAUCCAGAAAUUAUUGAUUAUGUUGCUGAAAUAGUUGCUAGUCGUGAAACCAUUUUAGGACAAGACAUUAUGGAUGUUUGGUUAGAUAGUGGAGUUUCGCAUUGGUGUGUUUUGAGGAGAGAAGAAAAUGAUGGUAGUUUAACCCUUUUUGUCGAAGUGGAAGAA